AUGCAAUCUACACCAAGUGAGGACCAUCUGAUCAGCCCCAAAUCUUCGGAGGCUGCGACAGAAGCAUCGAGGAUAGACUGCAACAUCGACCAGAUCCGUCAGGAGCGGCCAGAGACCGUCAGCGGCAUGGCGGCGGGGGUAAAAGGGAAGGAAGGAGGAAUUCCUUCUCAGGCGGAGGAGUCUCUGAACUCCUUCACCACGCCAAUGAAGCAAGUUACCUCUAGCACAGAUGGAGCGAGCUCCUGUAGGCGAUAUCCCGGAACUGUCAUCAUGGAAUCUUGCAUUGAGAACAGUGUUCGGAUCGUGAAAGGGGAAAUCCACAAUGUUCUUUCGCUCAUGCGCCUGAACAGGCGCUACAACCAUGGCGCUCGUUUUCACCGUGAGGUGCCUGCUGCUGCUGAGUCGCCGCUGGUGAGAGGCCUCAAGGCUCUGCAUGAGGAGCUGGGGCCCUACACCAACCUGCAGGACAUGGACACUAUGGCGUGGCUACGGCCGUUCCUGGACGUUAUCGAAUCUGCAGAGACUUCUGGCCCGAUCACAGGAGGAGCUCUGUCCUCUCUCAGCAAGUUCUUGAACUACGGCUUCAUCCACAAGGGGUCGCCUCGGGCGGCUGAGAGCGUUUGUCGGAUUUGCAGGAUAGUGACGAGAUGCCGGUUCGAGCGGACGGACCACAGCGGAGACGAAGUGGUGCUGGUCCGCAUCUUGCAGGUCCUGCUGGACUGUCUGAGAAGUCCUGCAGGCACCUUGUUGUCCGAUCAGAACGUGUGGGACAUGGUGCAGAGCUGCUUUGACAUCGGCAAGCAGCAGCGACUGAGUGAACUGCUGCAGAAGACAGCGGAACACAUGCUGAUGCAGGUGGUGCUGACUGUGUUUGCUCGGUUCAGCCAGCUGCAGGCAUCGGGGGAGCUGUCGCAGGAUGUGGUGGGAUCAAGGCCGCUGAGAAGCUCUCUGGGAAGCGAGAACGAUGCGAAUGGGUCCGCUAAUGACCAGGAGGCCGACGGGUCCCUGGGCGAUGAUGAGGAGAGCCUGGGGCUGGCUGCUGACGUUGCGCCACCGUAUGGCAUGCCGUGCAUGUUCAAGAUCCUGGAGUUCCUGUGCCAGCUCACGCAUGCAGGAGAUAGCUCAGACCCCGUGGGGAGCGAGCAGACGAGGAUGCUGGGGCUGUCGCUGGUGAACGUAGUACUUGAGACGGGAGGGAGGCAACUGUCGGCCUGUCCGGCCCUGGUUGGAGUUAUCCAGCAUGAUCUCUCGAGGAACUUGCUGCAAAACUCGAGGACCAACAACCUGCAGAUCUUGUCGCUCACGCUGCGCGUCGUGUUCAACAUGUUCAACUCGGUGAGGGAGCACAUGAAGGUUCAGCUCGAGGUGUUCUUCAACAGCAUCCACCUUGCCGAGUCCUCCUCCUACGAGACGCGGGAGAUGGCGCUCGAGUCGCUGGUGGAGUUCUGCAAGGAGCCCCAGCUCAUGGUCGACAUCUACACCAACUACGACUGCGACGUGCAGUGCACAAACCUGUUCGAAGACAUGUGUAAAUACCUUUCCAAGAACACUUUCCCCCUUUCGGGCUCGCUGAACGCCUUGAAUCAGCUCUCCCUCGAGGGCCUCUUGGCGAUCGUCAGGUCGCUGGCCGAGGCUUGCGAUGGAGGAAACAUGCACGAGCAGGAGGAGGAUGAGAAGACUGACGAAGGCAGCGACCAGGAGCUCGCUGUGCCCAGCACGGCUGAGAAGCUUCGCCAUCAGAAGCAGCACAAGAAGCGCCUUGCCAUGGCAGCCGAGCAGUUCAAUCGCAACCCCAAGAAGAGCUUCGAGUUCCUGCAAAGCACAGGCUUCCUCCCUGACACCCUUGACGCUGAAAGCCUCUGCCACUUCCUCCUCAAUACUCCGGGCCUUGACCGCACGGCGAUAGGAAGCUACCUCGGAGAGCCUGACGAGCUCGCUCUGGACGUGCUGGAGCGCUACGUGUAUAGCUUCGACUUCACCGACCUCGCCCUUGCAGAUGCCCUGCGCCGCUUCUUGUCUUCCUUCCGCCUCCCCGGAGAGUCACAGAAGAUCGCUCGUAUCGUGGAGAGGUUUGCAGGCCAUUACUUCAGUCAGUCUCCUGGGCCCCUUGCCAACGCUGACACAGCCUACAUCCUCUCCUACGCCAUCAUCAUGCUCAACACGGACCUGCACAACCACCAGGUGAAGAAGAAGAUGACGAAAGAAGACUUCGUGAAGAUGAACCGGGGAAUCAACGACAACCAGGACCUCCCGUUCGCUUUCCUCUCUGACAUCUACGACAGCAUUGCCACCAGCGAGAUCAAGAUGUCGGAGGACCUCGCGGAUGUGAAUGCUGACUCGAACGCUGAGCCGAGAUGGGACGACUUGCUCGCCACUAUGGGGCAGAAAUAUCGCAACGCGUUCGUCGCUGCUCCUGCGAUGGGAUCGAUCCAUGGACGAGACAUGUUCCUCGUCGCCUGGGACCGCAUCAUCUCCGCCUUCUCCGUUGUUUUCGAGACCACCGAGGACGACAAGGUGCUUCGCAAGACGAUCGAGGGCUUCCACGACUUCGCCAAGAUCUGCUCCUCCCAUGGGCUGCACGAUGAGUUCAACAAGCUCAUCGCGACCCUCAUCAAGUCGCUCUACAAGUUCGCAGAGUCCUCCGACGCCCUGAAGCCCCUCGAGGAGGAGGCCAACUGGAUCUUCGUCCGCAACCACAAGGUACAGCUGGCGGCGCAGGCGAUGUUCACGAUCUCCUUCAGCCAUGCCGACUGCUUGCGCGACGGAUGGCGGGCGCUGCUCGACUACGUGGCGAGGUUGCACAGGAUCAAGGCGCUUCCUGCCUCCCUCCUCGAGCGAGACGACUUCGUGGACCUCCAGGGCCGCCCCCUGCUCUCCUCCACCGAUGUUGCCAUCAACCUCCUCCACCGAGAGGCGGGAGGAGGAGGCAGGGCAGGCGUCCGGUCCAUCUUCAGCUACCUGUGGGGCAGCGGCCCAGCUGCGGUAGAGCAGAAGAAGAACACCUUCACGACGUGCCUCAACAUGCCCGGCUACGAGGAGCUGACGGCCUGGGUCGCCAGCCUGAAGCUCGAGGAGCUGCUCAUGAACACCAAGUUCCUCUCCAACGACGCUCUCGCCAGCCUCAACUCUGCCCUUAUCGUCUCCUCCUCCCGGCUCAUCAGCCUGGAUGGAGGCAGCGAAGCGCACGAUCCCUCCGGAUCCCUAGAGACUUCGAUUCUCUUCCUCGAGCUCCUCACCAAUACCGCGCUAGCCAACCAGCAGCGGAUUUCUCUGAUCUGGCAGCCCCUCCAUGUUCACUUCCAGCAGCUGCUGCAGAGCAUCCAGUACCCGAGCCUGUCCUCUGAACGGAUCGUCGUCAACCAGCUCCGCCUCUGCCUCCGCCUCGCCCCCGUGGACGCGAUCAACGCCGAUCUCAUGGAGGGGGUCAGGUGCAUCCCCUCCCUCCCUGCCUCUGUCCUCAAGUCCCUGGCCGACCGCAUCUCCGUCGGCCUCCUCACGCUCCUCCGAGCCAACGCGAACAACAUCAAGCAGAGGGAGGACUGGAGGAGCAUCCUCUCCCUCCUUCAAGAGUUCGCCAGCAUGGCUCCCUCCGCCAGCCGCCCGGCGCUGGAGUCCAUGUCCUUCCUUCUGCGGGAGGAGGGCAGGCAACACAUCUCAGCCCUCAACUUCGACUUCUGCCAGCAAGCGCUCCUGGGCUUCAUCGACUCGCUCCUCGACCCCAACGUCGCCCGCCAGCACGCGGCCCUGGCCCUCAACAAGCCGACCUGCUCCGGCGCGGAGGUGAGAAAGUGGCAACAGGCAGCGGGGAUGAACAUCAUGGAGCUCAUGUACUGCCUCUUCCUCCGCCUCAGGACCUGGAAAGCGGCAGGUGACGACAAGAGGACCGUCGUCCUCACCUACCAGCCCCUCGGCCCUCACCAGAUGAGCUGCGGGGCUCAGGCCCCAGCAGGAGAAACUCCUGCUGCCCCUGCUGCUCCUGCACCGGAGGGUGCUCAAGGUCAUGUAGAGCAUGAGAAGGAGGCGACGAGAAGCAUCGCAAGUCUGGCGGCUGAGCAGACGACGAGCUCGAGCGUGGCGAUAGGCGUCGAGCAGACAUGGGAGGAUGGGCCGGACAGCAACUUCGGGCUGGGGUACUCUCCAGAGGACGAGCAGAGCUGGUGCAACCUCUGGAUGCUCUGCGUCAAAUCUUUCUGUCGCCUAGCGCAUGACGACAAGUUCUCCCUCCUCUCCCUCCCUGCCCUCGAGAGCCUCGAGCGGGCCCUCCUCUCUGCUGACGUCUACGUCCCCUACGCCACUGCAUGGCGAGACUGCUACGAUCAGAUCGUCUUCCCUAUCGUCUCCUCCAAGUUCAAGACUGCCGCCAACGCGGGGCAGACGCAAGCCGAGAUCAUGUGCCUCAACACACUUCUCGUGCUCUGCAAGUCCUACCGCAACAAUCUGCAUCUCAUCAUUCACCUCCCCGAGCUCCACAUGCUCUGGCUGAGGCUCCUGGGCCUCAUCGAGGCCUUCAAGCUUCGGAUCAGAGCGACCAAGAGGGAUCCCAUCUCCAACGAGAUCGUCCAGGUACUCAAGGAGAUGCUUCAAGCCAUGCACUCGGACCCUCAGUACCAGAAAGUCCAGCAAUCGUCCGGCCAAGACAUGUGGGCGCUGACUGCGACAGUAAUCGACGCUUUCUGUCCGGAUCUCAAGGGAGAAAUCAUGCCUGUAAAUGUGAAGCGACCCACCACUGCUCCUCCACCCCCGCAAGAGGCUCCGCAUGAGAAACCCAACGAGGAAGAGAAGCAGAGCUAGAGGGGAGGAGGAGGGAGCCGGAAGAAGCGAUUAUCCGACUAUUUACAAGUUACAUAUAGGGACAAGCUGACUGGAGAGGAGAGAGGAGAGAGGAGGAGCAGGGGGAGGGACAUGGACGAAGCUACUCGAAAUCGAAGUUUGACUCAAGCUUGCCUCCUUUGUUGUUGGAGACCUGCUAGAACGUGAGGGGGAGAGAGGGAGGAGCAGAACGAGGGCGAAAGGAGGUUGUUGGCAGGACAACAGCGGGCCAUAAGCAGCGUCAUUGGGAAUGAUAAAAGUUGGCUUGCAUCAGGAGGAGGAAGAGGAGGAAGCAAUAAAAUGUUGAAGAG